UCGUUGUAUUAGCCGGCUCAAACUUUCAAAGUUGGUAAGGUAAGGUUACGUAACUUCCCCGCACUACUCAUCCUCCACACACAUCCAUGAACUAUUAUUCUGUGCAUGUCUUCGGAAGCAUUCCUUUUUCUUUCGGAUCUGAGAGACCUACACUGCGCGGAUCGUAAUGGCGGAGGCUCGACAACCACACAUUUUGGUGAAUUCUCCGCCAACUAUUGGAAACACUCAUCAAAGGGAUGAGAGCGCAGAAUCUCAGCCGGUACCCACAGCCAAAAGACGGAAAAGAGACGAGAGUGAAAGAAUACGCGUAAGUCGAGCGUGUGAUCGUUGCAAAAGGUAAGGGAACAGCUCGGUCUUGCGGAAAACCAUCUGAUGAACGCCUUGUAGGAAAAAGACAAGGUGCAGCGGAAAUCAACCUUGCAAUCUUUGUACCUCUGCUGGAUUGAUCUGUGAGUUCACGGCAGCUUACCGACGUGGGAAGGUACCUCCUAUCGCGACAGAGAAAGAACAUGCCAGCCAGCCCGGAGAUGUCCCUGACAAUGCCCAAAGUCCAACUAACAUUGAACAUGAACACGUGAUUGAAGUACCCAAAAGAGGACCCUACCAAAAUUAUCACAAUGGAUUUCAUAGCCCAUUGGCUACAGAGUUUUCCACUAUACCACACGAUGUAGCUGCAGCUGCAUCAACGCUGACCCGGCUUCAGCCUACCAAUGUUGAAAACUUUGACGCAAAUUCCAGAAUGCAAUCCUCUCGAAACUCACCAGAACCUCCCCAAACAGACCUCCAAGGACACUACGUGGGCCCUUCUUCCGGUGCCUCGUUUCUUCUACGAGUGCAGAAAAAGUUGCACCGAGAAAUUACUCUCUCCCAGAAUUCAUCAAUAUUCACAUUUGGGGAUGCUCCCCUGCCUGAAUAUGACCCUUCUUUUUUUGUUCUUCCUCCAAAAUCAGAUGCCGAGAACCUUGUUGCAAGGUAUUUCGACUUCGCCGUACCGACGCAUCGCUUUUUGCAUCGCCCAACUAUCGAGGCCUGGGUGCAUGAGUUUUACGAUAACUUGGGAGCUUUUCAACGGAAAGGUGGUGCGAAGGGUCGGACUGCUCUCCUAUUUAUGGUUUUUGCUCAAGCGAAGGAUUAUAUGCCUGGCACUGAUAGAUCGAAUGAUAUUGAUACGAGGUAAUUAUUGUGGGCCUUCCAGUUAUCUAAACCGUAGUUUGGUAAUGAAUGUUUCUCGGUUCUUUACUCCAUUCACAUCGGAAGAUUGAACUUUCUAAAUGUUAAGUGGUAUUCAAGCAUUGGAAGUUUGCACGUCUAGUCUGCUGAUCUGGGCUAUUGCACACCUUGAAUAAAUGUAUAUUAUUCUAUGUAGCUCAAGCUAACAAUGCUGCAGCUCCAGAUAUUUCCACGCUGCGGAUCGUCAACUGACAUCAGAAACUGGAGGAGUGCUUUUAACUAGUGUCCAAGCCCGCCUUUGUCAAUGUUUCUAUCUAUUGUCACAAUCGAGGGUCAACCAUUGCUGGAGCUUGUUUGGAACCACAGCUCAUUUGAUCCUUGCUCUUGGUAUUCAUCGCAGGAGACGCGUGGAGUCUCAAAUCAAUGUGGAUAUGAUUGAGCUAGAAUGCAGAAAACGAGUCUUUUGGUGUGCAUACACCCUCGACAAUUACUUAAGUGCAGCACUAGGAAGGCCUCGGACUUUUCACGAGGAUGACAUAGACCAGGUGAGUUAUCUAUACUAGAUCAUCGGUAUAAGUCUAACACCUGAUUCUAGGAACUUCCGAGCUGUGUUAACGACUCGGAUUUAACUUCAAGACAUAUCCAUGUGGACAAGUCAAAGGCCCAGUCAAUCAUGAUGGCACCCAUUGCUCAUGGGAUGUAAGUUUCCAAAGAUCGAUCACAUCCUACUAUACUAAUUCCUCCUUAGGUUAGCUCAGAUAAUCAGCCAUAUUCUUCGAGAUCUCUACUCCAUCCGCCCACCGCCGUCCACUGUUCGCCUUUCCCUAGCGGACAAGUAUUGCAAAGAUCUUGAUGAGUGGCGUACAAAAUUUAGUGGCUUUCUAGAUGCUAAGGGUGUAGAUACGUCUCUAUUGAUACCCCUGUUUCAGCGCCAACGAAAUGUUUUAAACCUCUCAUAUUGGCAUGCACUGAUCUUGAUUCACCGGCCCUUCUUAUUGCGAGAUUUUGCCAGUCUUUACAAAAGAAAUUCAUAUCCUUCAACCGGCAAUGAUACAAGCAAGAAUGUGGCAAGUUGUUUACAGGCUGCAAUGGAAAUCACUAACAUCGUUCAUCAUUUAAUGGAGACGGGACAAAUGUAUCAGGCAUUUUGGGUAAGUUCCCUUCCCAUGGAUCAACGGCAAAAUUGCUGAAUUGGUUAGUUCACUCACUACUUUGCAUUCUGUGCAGUGGUGGUGCUCUAUGUGUACACAAUCCAACACCGAUACCUCCCUCGAGAAGAAUAUGUCAGGUAUUUCGAAGCUGCUGCUCGCUGUCAUUUACAGAUUUCGUCUAGGGCCAAAAAUGAAUCCUUGGCACAAAGAUACAGCGUAGUUCUUGAGGAACUGAGACUCGAGGCUAUUACAGACCGUCAGGAGCAGCGGAAGACUUACGGGUCCCAGACAAUCCAGACAUCAGGUAGCUCUCAUUCGAAUCGGGAAGAUCGUGUUGCAUUAUCCAGCGCGGUCUCCGGUUUCGUGAACAAUGGUGUUGCUACUGCUCGGUCAAUCGACGGUGCUGAUCGCGAUUAUGUCGAGUCAAGUCCUUCUGUAACUAUGGAUCCUCUAACCAGCUGGGGUGAAUUUGAUUCUUUGGUACGUCAUCGUAAGGAGUUUCAAUGGGAAAUAUACUCACAUAUACAGGUGACCGGUGGAGUGGGUGGCUUCGAUUUUCUCUUUACAGGAGAACAAAAUGGACAAUGGGAAAUGGAAAUGGCCAACAGCUCCGGAUAUUAGCUCAUUACCACGCCUCCUGGGUUGGUUGCUACUCUAAAUCCGUAAUUCGUCAUUUUCCUAGUUCCGGAUCUCGGAUAUACAAGGGGGGCACGGAUGCUUGUGCAGGUCAAUACAAUUCAAGAAGAAAUGUUUCCGCCAGUCAUAUAUAGCGCAUUGAAUCUGAUCCAUUUGGUCAGCAAGCCUCAUCAGACCAACUAUCAAUUUUGCCUUUCGUACCCAUUAUCUCUUUACAACCCAAAA